GAGAAGAUCCGUUAGUAAAACUUAACGAAGAUAAUGACGAUGGAUAGGAUAUAUGAAUUGGAUAGGUGGAGGAUGUAGAAGAAGGUAAUAUCAAAUUGGAUAUCAAUGGGAAGUGCAUUGCCUCCACGACUGCUCAUCUCUGCUUCCCUCUCCCUCUCCCUCUCCAGAAGAAACCGAUUGUUCUCCUCCUCUUCAAAUUAUCGCUAUUACCAGUACAAAAAGAUUGGGAUCCCCACUGCCCUCCCAGCCCCGUUAACCCCAGCUGAGAGAAGAAGAGAUUACACUAGUACUGUUAAUGCUACUGUUACUGCAACUGCAAGCAAUGAAGACGAUGAAAAUCAAAAGCCAAAACUGAUCAGAAAGAUAAAUGAUGGUGGUGGUGGUGGUGGUGGUGGUAAUUCCGGUAUAAUAAUAACAUCUUGCUUGGUGGGUCUUUUGACUGGGAUAGCUGUAGUGCUGUUCAACAACGCAGUGCAUGAAAUACGGGACUUUUUCUGGGAUGGAAUUCCUUAUAGGGGUGCUACCUGGUUGAGAGAGGAGCCUCUCGACUCUAACUGGUUAAGAGUUGUCUCCGUCCCUGCUUGUGGCGGCUUGAUCGUUAGCAUCUUGAACCACCUUCAAACAACCAUUAUUACCAGUAGUAGUAGUACUACUAAUAAAAACGAUAAAAAAGGAUGGCUACAACUACCAGUGGCUGCUGUCGCCGCCGCUCCUAGUUUCUUGAAAACGUUGGCUGCUUGUUUCACUCUUGGUACUGGUAAUUCCCUUGGCCCCGAAGGUCCUAGUGUCGAGAUUGGUGCUUCCGUAGCCAAAGGAAUUGCUUCUCUCGCUGUCUUUAAUAAUCACAAUUCUAAUCAAACAAAACUUUCCCUCCUAGCUGCUGGCUCUGCUGCUGGAAUCUCGUCUGGAUUCAAUGCGGCUGUUGCUGGUUGUUUUUUUGCUGUGGAGUCGGUGUUGUGGCCAUCUCCAAGUGAUUCAAAAACAUCACUCACAAACACCACUUCUAUGGUUAUACUUAGCGCUGUCGUAGCUUCUGUUGUAUCAGAAAUUGGUCUUGGUUCUGAACCAGCUUUUAAGGUCCCCGACUAUGACUUCCGCUCCCCGAGUGAACUUCCACUGUAUCUUUUGCUGGGUAUCCUCUGCGGCUUGGUUUCAUUGACCUUAUCUAGAUGCACAUCCUUCAUGCUCUCAACUGUCAAUCAUCUUCACCGCACUGUUGGUAUUCCAAGUGCUGCGUUUCCUGUACUAGGUAGUUUGGCUACUGGCACCAUAGCUUUGGCAUAUCCUGAAAUCCUAUACUGGGGUUUUGAGAAUGUUGACAUUUUGUUGGAAUCUCGGCCAUUUGUCCAGGGCCUCUCAGCUGACCUAUUGCUUCAGCUUGUAGGAGUCAAGAUAGUUGCAACCUCCUUAUGCCGGGCCUCUGGAUUAGUAGGAGGCUACUAUGCCCCAUCCCUCUUUAUCGGUGCUGCAACUGGAAUGGCAUAUGGGAAGUUCAUUAAUAUUGCAGUUGCUCAAUCUAGUCCCACACUUCAACUAUCCUUCUUGGAAGUGGCAUCACCACAAGCUUAUGGGCUGGUUGGAAUGGCUGCGACACUUGCAGGGGUGUGUCAGGUACCUCUUACUGCAGUUUUGCUGCUCUUUGAAUUGACACAAGACUAUCGAAUAGUUCUACCACUACUCGGAGCUGUAGGGUUGUCCUCAUGGGUCACAUCUGGACAGAAAAGAAGAAGGGAUGGCAAAGGUACCACAAAACUCAAUGAGGGAAACAGGCGCCCAACUCAAGAACCUGAAAUGUCUUCCUCCGAGACAAGUGGACUGUCCUCUGAUUAUGUACUUACCGAAAAGGCACCUUAUGAAAAUAACCCUUGUGAAAUUGAAAGUUCUCUCUGCAUAGAUGAUUCUAGUAUUGAAACUGAAGUUUUCGAGAAGAACGUUUUAGUUUCAGAAGCCAUGAGAACAAGAUAUGUAACUGUUCUCAUGAGCACUUUACUCACUGAAGCAGUGAGUCUUAUGCUUGCAGAAAAGCAGUCUUGUGCAAUGGUUGUUGAUGACAAUAAUAUUUUAAUUGGUUUGCUGACUCUUGCCGACAUUGAUGAUUUUAGCAAAAUUAUAAAGUCUGAAAACAGGAUAACCAAGGAGCUUUUAGUAACUGAAUUGUGUUCCUUAGAUGGAAAAAGAUGUCAAGUACCCUGGAUCGCAAAGCCUAGUAUGGAUCUUCUCUCAGUGCAGAUCAUCAUGGAUAGGCAUGGUGUGAAUCAGGUUCCCGUUGUUUCAGAACAUAUUGAAGAUCACAAGAGGCAACCAGUAGGUCUUUUGGACAGAGAAUGUAUCAGCGUGACUUUCAGGUUUCUACACAACAUUUAGCGAAGACAGCACUUCCACUAGCUAAGCCCUAGCGACCAGAGAAUCCCUCAGAUAGCAUCCCAUGUUAGAAAGACCGGGCCUCUAUACAAGGAUGAGGAGUCAGUCUGCCUUGAUAUGAUAUUUGGCUGAUGCUAAUAGUUUCCUAGUUUUUAAUACCAGUUUGAGGCUAGCAGAGGCUGUGUUAUCGUUUUAGUGACAGUGGAGCUGGACAGCAUCAUAGAGAGAGGAAGGACCAUCCCCUGCAAUCCAUAUGCCAUUAAUUGAGUUGAGAGUAACAGCAGGAAUAGGAUGAAAACUUAACCUCUGCAAGGAUACAGUAAGGGUCCUGAAAUGACGGUGCCUGCUGUUGGAUUGUCGGUUUCUCAAACAAUGGUGGCCUGUGCUACUGGUUGGCCUUGGGGGUGCUUCAACUUGGUGCUUCUUCUUUCGGUGGCUUUUUAUCUUUUGUUUUCUCGUGGUCCAUGUCUAUCUUUGUCAUUGAAAUUUGCGUUGAUAAUCUAUCUAAGUAUACAUACUUGAUGUGAGUGCUAACCCGAUCACUGCAACAGCAAGUACAAAGUUGCUCUGCUCUGCUCUGGCUAUACCACUCAAAUCAGCUUGGUUUCC